AUGACGUGGUGUGUGAAGGGGUGGGAAGUGUUGGCCACCGAUUGGACACCGGGUUUAGGGACACCGUCUGAGGCGAUGGCCGGAAGCGAUCGCUGGUAUUUCGACAAACAAGUGCUCGCAAACACUCCCUCCCGAAGAUGUGGCAUCGAUUCCGACAAAGAGCUCUCCUAUAGACAACAGGCGGCGAAUCUGAUCCAAGAUAUGGGACAACGACUGCAUGUAUCCCAAUUAUGUAUAAACACAGCCAUUGUUUAUAUGCAUCGGUUCUAUACGUUUCACUCGUUCACCAAAUUUCAUCGAAACUCCAUCUCGAGUUGCGCUCUGUUUCUGGCGGCCAAAGUGGAAGAACAGCCCCGAAAGUUAGAGCACGUGAUUAAAGUGUCGCACAUGUGCUUACAUCGAGACAUACCCGCCCUCGACGUGAAGAGUGAGGCCUAUAAGGAACAGGCGAUGGAACUGGUGUUCAAUGAGAACCUCAUGCUUCAGACCCUGGGAUUCGACAUCGCUGUCGAACACCCGCACACUUCGGUCGUCAACUGUUGCCAACUGGUCAGAGCGAGCAAAGACUUGGCGCAGACCUCAUACUUCAUGGCCACUAAUAGUCUUCACUUGACCACAAUGUGUCUCCAACACAAGCCUACAGUCGUUGCCUGCGUUUGCAUACACUUGGCGUGCAAGUGGUCGCGUUGGGAGAUCCCGCGAUCGAGCGAAGGCAAAGACUGGUUCUACUACGUGGACACUAGCGUAACAUUAGACCUCUUGGAACAGCUAACGUCUGAGUUCUUAGCCAUUCUAGACAAAUGUCCCUCAAGACUCAAACGUAAGGUAAUCACACACACCAGCGGUGGUGGUAGUAGUGGAGGCGCCACCCAUUCGGGUGCUCACAACUCAUCGCUCAAUAAAUCAAUUGACGAGAAGAGGAGUUCAAUGCAUGUAAAGGAAGAAUUAAAGUCACCGAUGGUUUCGAAGUCGAGUUCACAUCAUCCGAGCGAUAGAUUAGAGAAGAUGUCGACUCCGAACCCAACGACAAGUCGUCGAUCGCCUCCCACUUCGCCGCACACUAGGAAAGUGAAGGUCGAGCCGACCAGUCAUCAGCCGAAUCAACCCUUAAGCAGACCUCCCGUCUCAAUGUCUUACGCGGCGUAUCGGGAAAGGAAGGCAAACACUCAACACGACUGUCCAAAACCGCCGCCAAUUCAACCCAAUAAGUCAUCAAUACAUCCAACAAAUCGUGAUAACCCUUCAAAUCCCCAAAAGGAGAGAAUAUCUCCGAAACAAUUACUAACAGAUAAACAAAGACAGAGCGAAGAAAGGCAUAAACUUAAGCCCAAAACUAGUGAAUAUUUAUUUGAAAGCAGUAAUCGUUCGUCGAUUGCACCCAAACCGACCGCUUUGUCCUCAAAUCCAAAGUCUUCGCAAAAUAAUACUAACGAAGAUUUCUACGAUCUGUUGAACAAACCGUCGAGUUUUAACUCAAUCUUCUCCAACGAUGGCGACGACUCACUCGACUUCAAGCGCGACGUCGUCUCCAACCUUCAGAUGGAGUUCUCAGACAAUUCUAAUCAAUCGACUGAUGGCUUAAAUUUAAGCUCAUUUCCAGAUUUUAUGAACGAUUCUUCCGAUUCAAAGAAGAGCUUUAUUAAUACCAAUAAUAAUAAUAGUAUUAAAAAUAAUAUCAAAUUAGAAACCGAAUCAGAAGCAAAUCAGACGAGUUUUAUGUCUAUAUUCUCGGCGCCGGUAACGACAACACACGCCAUAACCCCCACCACCGCCUCAACUACAGCUCAUACGAAGUCAGACAAUACAAAGACAAACAUUCCACAGAAAUAUAGUGAUGUUUUAUCCCGUAUUAAACCCGAACCCCUGCCACCGAUGUUGAGUCCACUCAAGUCUAUGGCGGAUAACGAGAUGGUUCCCAAAUUGGAGAAACCGUUUGCAUCGCAUUCUUCUUUAGCUCAAACUCAUCUCAAAACUAAUUCUAAUACAGAAUUGGAUCUAAAAACACAUCAAAAUUCAAAAAUAUCUAAAUCUUCACCAAAAUUCCAAAACUCCUUAACUCAGCCACAAAAGGGUUUUGUUGGAAGUGUUGUCCCGACUUUCAAAGACAAAGAGAUGAACGAAAGUCUGCCUAAUAUUAAGUUGGAAACGAUGGAAAUGCAGCCAUCGAUUGGAAACUUAAAUAAAACUCAAAACCCGAUGACUAUUAUUAACACAAAUGUAAACGAUUUGAUUAAUAGUAGCGAAUCGUUAGCACCGCUUCUCAUAAAGCCUGAGAACAGAGAGAAAUCUUUAAAAGCAGUGGAAAUUCCGUCCGUUUUGAGCAAAAAUAGGCCGCAAAUGAGUAGUAAUUUAGAAAGUGAUGUCAAACCAAAUGUCACUCUUUUAGGAGAUCCCAAAUUGACACUUAAUUUAAGUCCAAAUCAACAUAUAUUAGUGAAUAACACAAGCGUUGUCUCUGAUAUGACUAAACAUCCCGUUAUACCCAUUAAAGAAUCAAAGGAUAAGAGCAGUCAUUCGACACCAGAGGAGAAACACCACAAACGAUCACAUCAUUCACAUAAGAGUAGUAAACAUAGAGAUAAACAUAAACACAAGCAUAAAGAUAAGGAUAGGGAACGCCAUAAACACAAAGAUAAAGACCGGGACAGAGACCGGGACAGGAGUGGCGACGACCCGGCCUUCAAGAUAUCGUACUCCGCGUCUAAAGACAAGGCCGACAUCUCUAACAACAACUCCAAUACAGCGCCCAUUAAACUGAAGAUUUCCAAAAAGAAGUUAAGUAUCGAUGAAAUUGAGUCUUCGGAUAAGACUGAAGAACCCGUUCAACAAAAUCCGCUUAAAUUAAGAAUUCAAUUGAAAGAUGAAAAAUUUACGACAAAUGCCACCGAUUUUCAGUCAAAUGACUCCAAUUCCGGACGAAAACGAAAAUCGACGUCAAGUCCAAAGUCUAGCAAAAAGGAUAAGCAAUCGAAACAUGAAAACGAACCUAAAGUUAAAGAGAAAUCUUCAAAGUCUAAGAAAUCGAGCAGUGAUUCCAACUCGAAGAAGGGCUCUAAUCAUAUGAUUUCGUAUGACACGAAUGCCACACAACAGCAGUUGUUGAACCCAGAAAUAGUGCCGGCAUUUAACGUUCCCAUUAUUCAAUCUCGUCCUCACAAGACUCACAAAUAAGGGUUGAGAAGCGAAACCACUGACAGUUGGUCUUUAGGUCGGCUUUUACUGUCAUUUGUUUGACUGAUUCGUUGAGUUGAUUGCAAUUUCUUGUUAUGAAUGUAAAUAUUAGUUAAAUUGUAGCGAAAUUGUAAACAAUAUAAUAAUUACAACAAAUUAAAGGUUAGAAAGACAUGCGAUCUUUGGUUUUUAUCAAUAUAUACC